UUCUCAUAGACUCGUAUCAACUUCAAUAUUUUCAUUAUUGUUUGGCUUUUCGCCGAUACCACUAAUAUGUGACUUUACAUUAGAGAAAAAUAUGGAAGUGUAAAUAUAAUUUGUGCAAUUGAAUACAAAAUCGGAUUCUCUAUGAGCUCGUCUACUUACAUACGUUGCUCAUAGAUACAUAACCUAUCUGUAUUGGUAUGGAUCGGGGCAAAAUGCCGUCUGCUGGCCGCGGAGCCAAGAGCAAGGCUCCCCAGCACCCUCAGGACAUCUUUGCGUUGGGUAGCAAGUCUACUGUGGUCGUCUCCAGAGAUUCUGAAAAGCGUAAUAUUCACAAACCGUCUACAAGCGGAGUAGAACGUAAAAGGGAGUCAACAGGCUUUGGUGCUCCCCCACCAACCAAGAGAACAAGAAUUGGAUCGCCUGCUGAAGCUGUUGGCGGGACUUCCUUGGAGGUGGAUCCAGUAGACCUGGUGCCCAAUGUACUACAGGCACUAGAUACACAUAACUCUGAUAAAUUGCUGGGACUGCUGACGGGUUCAAUACGGCUGCUGAAGUCUCAACGUUCCAAGCCGGACUCUAUCCUAUGCAUGAGCAUGUUGUACCUCACAAAGAUCAGACCCAACAUGUUCUCACAUGAGGUUGUCACACAGAGCUUGUGUACGCUGCUCAAGAGAGAACAAGGGGCAGCGUUCAAGAGUAAAGGGAAUCCAUUGGUGUUCGUUCUGGCCUGUAACAUGCUGUAUGCAGGACACAGGGAGAGUACCAACUGGCCUGAUACUUUUAUUAAGGUUUAUAUAGAAGACGCUUUAAAUGAGCGCUGGUGGGUGGAGUGUUCGUGGUGCAAGUGUCUGGUGGAGAAUAUUGUCACCGCAUUCAAGACCAAACAUCCACCGUCACACCUCAUACCCAGCGAGAAUACGUUAGGUACAAUGUCACCAUCAGGGUCUGGUUCUCCUUUAAUGGGCAGCACUGAGGAAGAUACAGACAACACAGAUUUGGAAUAUUCUGUGUUCCCAAGAUAUUCAAGUAGUAACGAAGCGGUGGAGGCGCUGGUGUUAGAAGCUAUUAAGGAACAAAUACAGCGCCGCGCCGCGCCCGACGCCAUACACAAAGGCUUUCUUAAACUAUUGUCGGCUACUUGCGGUUUCCCUGAGAUCCGCAUGAUAUCGGCGUCGCGGCUGGAGGCGUGGCUGCACUCGGGCAAGCUAUGGCGCUGCGCCCAGGAGCUGCUCGCGUACGUGUGCCUCAACGCGGACGCCUGCGGGCCCACCGCCCCGCGCGACCACGAGGUCCUCGCACAGCUCGCGCGCAUGAGGCUCAAGACCAAGCCGCUGCAGGCCGCCUACCAGGCCUGCCUCAGGGAGAUGGUGUCGGACAGUCCGGCGCUGCUGCGCAGCGUGGUCACCCACACCAUCUACAACGAGCUGUCCAACGUGCGCUCGCCCAACAACAUGGCGGUGCUGGCCGCGCUCAUACAGGCGCAGCCGCAGCAGGUGCCCGCCGCCAUGGCCGACACCUACCAGGAGCUGGUGCUGCGCGCGGAGGACUACCUGCGGCCGCUGCGGGCGCUGACGCGGGAGUGCGUGCGGGCCGCGCGGGCCGACGCCGCCGCCCUGGCGCCGCUCGCACGCGCACUCGCGCAGCCCCCGCCGCACGAGCCCGCACCAGAGGUGCGGGAGCGCGCGUUCUCGUCGCUGGCGGACCUGUUCUGCUGCUGCUGCCUGGUGACGGCCUCGCACAGCAAGCACCUGCCGGAGUACAAGCAGCAGCUGUGCGGCAUACAGGGCGCGGCGCUGGGCUGGCUGCUGGACACCGCCAUGCCCAUCUACCGGCCCUCGCGGCACGACUACCAGCACGCGCUCAACAAGAUAAUGUUCGUUGAGGCGGCGGAGGCGUACAGCAAGCCCGACAACUGGCCGCCCGAGUCGGAGCGCGCGCUCACCUACCGGCUGUGCUGCGAGGCGCCACUACCGCAGGUCAACCUCCUCAGGGUCAUCUUCAUCGGACUCUCCAAGGAGCUGCCGGUGUCUGCGGCGGAGUCGUUCGAGCUGGUGGAGCAGGUGGUGCGGCGAGCGUGCGCGCUGCCGCCCGACGAGGGCCCGCUCCAGGUCGACAAGCUGGAGGUGGCCGAGUACAUCUUCCAGCUGUGCCAGUUCCACCCGCCGGACAACAUCACGCUGCCUGCAGGGUACAGCCCGCCGGCGCUGGCCAUCACGUCGCUGUACUGGCGCGGCUGGACGCUGCUGGCGCUGCUGGCGGCGCACAACCCCGACUCGUUCGCACAGCGAGCCGCCGCCGCCUACCCCACGCUGCGGGCGCUGCUGGAGACCUGCAUCACCAACAAGCCGAGCAUCGAAUGGAACACCAGUCCUACUGCCGAGGCUGAACGGCUGGAAGCAGAGCGCGCCGCCGUGCUGCAGCUGGAGACGCACUUGGCUGCUGCCAGCAGUGCUAAGCUGCCAGUUACCGAGCACUCCUCGCGUCUGCUCAGUCAGUUGACCAUCUUGGACCCGAUGGGCCCGGCGCGCAAGCCUCCGCAGGCAACCCUAGAUGCGCUGCAGGCUAUGAGCACUCAAAUGCGGCUCAGCAAGCUCCUGUGUCGUCAGCCGGCGUUGCUGCUGGACCUGGUGGAGCGGCACGGCACCCGCCGCGCCAUGCCCUGGCUGCAUCAGCUGCUGCGUACCGACCAAUUGGAGCUCAGCGUGCUGCCGGUGCAGUGCCUGUGCGAGUUCCUGUCCGCGGGCGGGGUGGGCGGCGCGGGGGGCGAGGGCAGCAAGGCGGGCGAGCUGUGCGCGCACCUCCGCCGCACCGUGGCGGCCAGCGCGGCCGGCGCGCGCGCCGUGCUGCACUACUACCUGCAGCGGCUUGCGCACGCGCAUGCGCCCACGCGCGCCGCCGCCGCCAGGGGUCUUAAGUUGGUGCUAACGCAGACGACGGAUGAUACCAUUGAGAUGGACUACAAUGCAGACGUCAGCCCCGAGGAGUGGCUGGAGCUGGUGUGGUCGCUGCGGCACUGGGCGGCCGUGCGCGAGGAGGUGGCGGCGCGCGUGCGUGCGGCGUGCCUGGUGGAGUGCGUGCCCGCGCACGUGGCCGCCUACCUCGCCUUCCUCGCGCGCCACGCCGCCGACCGCGCGCCGCACUCGCACCUCGCGCUCGACCUCGCGCGACUGACUGAUGGUUUGUGUGGGCAGGUGGUGAUGGAGCGGACGACGGUGAUCGGCAAUGUGCUGCCCCCUGCUGAGCUGCGGGAGCCCGCGCCCGCACCUUCGCGUAUUCAGCAUCGCACGCUGCACGCGCUCACUCUCAUAUUCUACACGCAUCUGCAGCAGGUGGGCGGGCGCGAGGAGGCGGCGGCGGGCGGAGCGGAGGCGGCGGAGGGCGGGGAGGGGGCGGAGGGCGAGUGGGGCGGCGCGGAGCGCGUGGCGCUGCAGUGGCCGAGCGGCCGCCGCGCCACGCUGCACGUGAUCGUGGCGCAGGCGCACCUCAAGCUGCUCUGCUACGGGCCCUCCAUCUAUGACACGGAGCAGGAGAUGUACUCGUGGCUGCAGGCGGCGUGGGUGGGCCCGGACGCGCCGGCUGUGGUGGGCCCGGUGGGGGGCGCGGGGUCGGUGGGUGGUGCGGGGGGCGAGCCCCCGGAGGCGCUGCUGCUGCCGGACUGGCUGCGGCUGCACCUGGUGCGGUCGGCGCGGCCCGCGCUGCUCGCGCACGGGCUGCGCGCGCUGCCCGCCAGCAAGCUCGCGCUCUUCAUACAGACCUUCGGCAUGCCCGUCGCCUCCAUGAGCGCGUUGCUGAGCGCGCUGGACGCGUGCCCGGCGGGCGCGCUGGCGCGGCUCAGCGUGGAGCGCGUCUACAUGGCGCAGCUGCUGCGCGUGCAGCGCGCGCGCGGCGCCACCGGCGGACGGGCCUUCGCAGCCGCGCUCCACCUGCAGCAGCCGCACGCGCCGCCCGGUGAGUGUACAUGUGUCGUGGUGCGUGCAGCGCGUCUACAUGGCGCAGCUGCUGCGCGUGCAGCGCGCGCGCGGCGCCACCGGCGGACGGGCCUUCGCAGCCGCGCUCCACCUGCAGCAGCCGCACGCGCCGCCCGCUGCUGCGCGUGCAGCGCGCGCGCGGCGCCACCGGCGGACGGGCCUUCGCAGCCGCGCUCCACCUGCAGCAGCCGCACGCGCCGCCCGGUGAGUGUACAUGUGUCGUGGUGCGUGCAGCGCGUCUACAUGGCGCAGCUGCUGCGCGUGCAGCGCGCGCGCGGCGCCACCGGCGGACGGGCCUUCGCAGCCGCGCUCCACCUGCAGCAGCCGCACGCGCCGCCCGGUGAGUGUACAUGUGUCGUGGUGCGUGCAGCGCGUCUACAUGGCGCAGCUGCUGCGCGUGCAGCGCGCGCGCGCGCGCCACCGGCGGACGGGCCUUCGCAGCCGCGCUCCACCUGCAGCAGCCGCACGCGCCGCCCGGUGAGUGUACAUGUGUCGUGGUGCGUGCAGCGCGUCUACAUGGCGCAGCUGCUGCGCGUGCAGCGCGCGCGCGGCGCCACCGGCGGACGGGCCUUCGCAGCCGCGCUCCACCUGCAGCAGCCGCACCGCGUCUACAUGGCGCAGCUGCUGCGCGUGCAGCGCGCGCGCGGGGCCACCGGCGGACGGGCCUUCGCAGCCGCGCUCCACCUGCAGCAGCCGCACGCGCCGCCCGGUGAGUGUACAUGUGUCGUGGUGCGUGCAGCGCGUCUACAUGGCGCAGCUGCUGCGCGUGCAGCGCGCGCGCGGCCACCGGCGGACGGGCCUUCGCAGCCGCGCUCCACCUGCAGCAGCCGCACGCGCCGCCCGGUGAGUGUACAUGUGUCGUGGUGCGUGCAGCGCGCAUGGCGCAGCUGCUGCGCGUGCAGCGCGCGCGCGCGGGCCACCGGCGGACGGGCCUUCGCAGCCGCGCUCCACCUGCAGCAGCCGCACGCGCCGCCCGGUGAGUGUACAUGUGUCGUGGUGCGUGCAGCGCGCAUGGCGCAGCUGCUGCGCGUGCAGCGCGCGCGCGGGGCCACCGGCGGACAGCCUUCGCAGCCGCGCUCCACCUGCGCGCACGCGCCGCCCGACGAGGCGCUGUUCGGUGCGGAGCGUCUUCCGGCGGAGUGCGCAGCAGUGCGGGCGGCGCCGGGCCCCGCGGGGCCCUCGGGAGCCCCGGGGCCCGAGCUGGUGUCGGCGGUGCUGGCGGCCGCGCUCACCGGCGCCCCCUACCCGGGGGACCUCGACGCGGCCUACACGGACCUACUCACGAUGGUAACGGCGGAGGUGAAGCGUGGUCGCGGCGGCGGGGAGGGCGGUGCGAUGCCGUACGCAGCAGGCGUGGUGACGUGGGUGGUGCGCACCGCCGCCGGGGGAGCCGGUGCGGCCGCACUCGCCCGCCACCAGCACCGCGCCGCGCCGCUGCUGCGGGCGCUGUUACCGCUGCGCUCCCCGGACUUGGCGCAGUGCGGUACGGUUCUGUUGGGCGCGUACGGCCCGCUCAAGGGCCCGCUGCCGGGCGUGCUGCGGGCGCUGGUGCAGGCCGCGCCCCGCACCGACAGCGCCGGGCCCUCGCCCCGCACCGACAGCGCCGGCUCGCUGCCGCUGCUCGCAGACAUCGACAGCGCCCGCACCGCUGACCAGCUCGUCGCAGUGCUGGAGCGCACGAGCGCACGCACGUUGGAGGCGGUGGGCGCGCGCAUGAUCUGUGCGCACGACCCGCGCCUCGUGCUGCACGCGCUGUGUGCGCUGCUCGAGCGCAGCAAGGACGGACACUACGACGACAAGGUGAAGUCGGAGAGCGACGACAAGCAAGUGGCACUGUUCUCCCGGAGCGGACGCGGCUGUGGCCUGCUGCUGGACUGGAUGUCGGAGCUGCAGCGAGAGACCCUCGGCCCGCAGCCCGAGAGACAGAUGCGGCUGAUGUUCGUGGCGGGGUGCGCGGCGUGGCGUCCGCUGCUGGUGACGCUGCUGGCGCACCGCGCCUCCUGGCGCACGCUGCACGCCUGCCUCGCAGCGCUGCUGCAGCCCGGACGGGGCUGGGCUGCGAGUUCUGUGCUGGACUUCGCGGAGACGCUGAUCGGCAGCCCGCGCGUGUGGCAGGGCCGCGACAAAGCCACGCCCAAACACCACGCGCCCGACGACACGCUGCGGCUGCACCACGACCAGCUGACGACGCUGGUGCAGUACAUCGUGGAGGAGGGGUUGGAGGCGGAGCGCGCGGGCGGCGCGGACGCGAUGCGGCGCCGCAUGGAGGCGCGGCUGGCGCUGCUGCUGCGCUGCUGCGGCACCCAACAUGCGCUGCUCGCCGCCGCGCUCGCCGCCGCCGCCGCGCACCCCCUCAUGCUGCUGCUGCUUUACAUGAAGGUGCCGCGCGUGCAGCAGGUGGUGGCGACGAGCGGUGCGCGCACGCUUCGUCGCCGAGCACUGCUGGCCGGACCCCUGGAGAGAGCGGCGGCCAACACCACGUGCGCCACGGACCGGCCCGCGCACGCGCUGCUCACCGCGCUCGCCGCCGCCGCCGCCGCCAAGGACCACGCCGCCAAAGUCACACUCACCACGGCGGCCGACACCACGUGCGCCACGGACCGGCCCGCGCACGCGCUGCUCACCGCGCUCGCCGCCGCCGCCGCCGCCAAGGACCACGCCGCCAAGAUGUCCCGCAUGGAGGCGAGCGUGCGCGCGCUGUGGUCGCGGGUGGAGGGCGCGGGGCGGCGGGCGCUGCCGCUGGCGGCCGCCCUGCUGCGCGGCUCGCUGCUGCUGCACGCGCGCCACCACCACCACCUGCUGGCCGCGCUCGAGGUGCUGCCAGACGACGACCUCUUCGCCUCCGACACCUGCGAGGAGAUCCACACGAUCCUGGAGUGCUUCCUGGGUGUGGUGAAGAAGCAGUCGAGUGGCGGCGGCGGAGGCUCCCGCGAGGUGGGGCUCCAGCACCGCGUGGCGGCGCUGCUGCGGCGGUACGUGGCCGCGCGCCCGCACCACGCCGCCGCGCUGCUCGCCGCGCACCGCGACCUCAUCGCGAGCUUGCCAGCGCUGUCGUCGCUGGGAGGGGCAGGAGCGGGAGCAGGCGCGGAUGUGGCAGCACCUGCUUCGGCUGCGCCGCCGCCCCUCGCGCUGCGGACGCUACAACGCCGUCGGGAUUCGCCCGACGACCUGCACGCUGCCAUACAGGAGGUGGAUUCGUGGGGCACGCGGCGCGGCGGAGCGUGGGGCGGCGCCGAGGCGGCGGGGGCGCUGCUGCGGGCCGUCGCGCCCCUCGCUGCGGCCCCGCACCAGCCGCUGCGGGCCGCCGCGCUCACGCUGUUAGCGCGCCUGCUGCCCGCCGUCCCCGACACGCAGCCAGGUCUGAACGUGGUACUGGAGUGCUUGGACUCAUCACGACCUGAGAUCACCCAGUCGAUGCUGGACAAGCUGCCGGACCUGGUGAUCGGUAUGCAGGAGCACGCCACGCAGAUUCUGGUGCGCGUGUUCGAAUUAGGCAUGAAGUCGCGACACCCCGUCGAACAGUGCAUCAGCAAGUGUGUCACCACCAUCAACCUGCACAGGGGAUGCUGAGCAAUCAACCACGUCAUGGUACAGUUCAACUAGGGAUGUGAAUAAAAAUAGAUUAAAAUGUUUCAUAAUCGAUAAACAAUCGAUUAUAAAUUUGAAAUCAUUAGUCAAUAAAAACAUAGAGUUUAAUAUCUCAAUAAAUCGGCAGAAUGUCACAUCCAUAGGUGCAGCGUGCUCUCAAGCCAAGGAAUCAAUGGAAUAUGGAACAGCCAAUUGAAUUAAUCAAAAUCUCUAUUUUUUUAUACUACGUCGACAAACAAGCGUAAGGU